GGAAGAUCGGCGCUGAGUUGAAGGAAGUUUUAGGUGCUCGAUGGCGGACUUGGGGUCGCUUUAAGCAACUUCGCAGUGGACACAUAACGGACUUAGUGGAUAAAACAGCCACAACAAUGAAAAAGAACCACUUACCGACUCGGGGUCCACACGAGUCGGAGUGGCAGCUCGGCCAGCCUGAGAGAGUGGGUUGGGUCAGAAAGUUUUGUGGCAAAGGAAUCUUCCGAGAGAUCUGGAAGAACCGCUUCAUAGUCCUGAAAGGGGAUCAACUGAUGAUCUGCGAGAAGGAGGGGAAGGAAGUGGGUGAUGAGGUUUUGGACCUGUGUGAUUUUGAGCGUUGUGAGGAAAUGAGGAAUAACAAAAGUCGCAGCAAGAAGAACCACAGCAAGUUCCGACUUCAGCGCCGCUCGCCAGGGAAUGAGGUUCCUAAUGUGCUCUUCCUGGCAGUGAGUCCAGAGGACAAAGAGUCCUGGAUCAGUGUGCUCAAUGUUGCCAUCACUCGGGCCAAGAACCAAAUCCUGGAUGAGGUGACAGUAGAAGAAGCCCACCUAUGUCACCUGACUCGAGACCGAGCAAAGAUUCCUCACAACCGGCGUCUGCCAACCAGAAGUCACCUGCUUGCUGUGGCGUCCUCCUCAGAAGGGAUGAUGACUUUGGACCUGAUUCAGGAGGAGGACAUUUCGGCACCACCCGGCAACUGCAACGGCUGUCAGGUCAACACGGAGAAGUCCCAGUCCCCCUCAAACUGUCGCAGGUCCAGAACUGAUGGAGCUUUCUUCAGCAGGACUGCCAAAGCCUCUGGGAAGUCACAAAGUCUUCCUCGGGAGGGGGCAGUGGCCUGGGAGCAAAUGGAUAGCAGCUGGACAUCCGGGUCAGCAACAGCCUUCAGGACACCAGACAAGAAUCGCUGCGCCUCCAUGGAUGAGAUCCUGGGCCAUUCAGAGAAGAACCGGACUACGUUGACACCUCACACAAGUGCUUCGACUCCCAUCAGCCGCCUGCAGGAGCUCAUCAGCCUCAAACUGGCACAGACGGAGCGGCUCCUGGAGGCAACACAGAACCAACCAGAAGGCGAGGCCGGGAAGGCGGCGGACAAGGCAGAGGAGAUGGGAGCAAAAGCAGAGAGACUCCUAAAGGAGGCGGUGGAAGCCCUGGACCAGGCCCAUGAGGUGCUGGAGGAGGUAAAGGAGCUCAGGGAACUGUACCGCCAACUGGACACCUCAGGACCAAACAGAGUCCAAGGACCGGAACUUGAACAAGCAGCAUUCAUAACCUGAACCGGAUGUUUUUUUUGGACAAACUUGUUGCACUUUUUGCACCCACAUGGGCAAACGUCAGGACUUGGCGGAACCACAGGUCCUCGCGGGUCGCCAUCCAACUGGACCCAGCGCAACCAGCUCGCCGUGUUUUCAUGUGCCAUGAAGGCAGAGUUGUGGACAUGGUCACCUGAUUUGAUCUCAUGUCUGUCAUUUUGAUGCGGUCAAUAAAGGUCCAACAUUGGUAUGCUCAGCUAAUGCUACUUUACCUCUGAAUAAUGUUAGC